GGCAACUGGGGGAUUUCCUGGGCGGAAGCUGCGGAGGGGGUUUCCAGUGUGAUCAGCCCAGUCCUCCCCGCUGGAUCACUGAGCUGGAUCCGAGUGACUUCUCCCUCACACAGAUAUAGGACACACAAAAACCGAAGAACCCUGACCCAGACCCCCGAACCUAAAUCCGGACAUGAAGAGUUCGCCAGAGGCCUGGAGGCUCCGAGGCAGCGGCGGGCUGACGGUUUGAAUCCCGGAGAGAGUCCACUGAGCCGAGGAGCUGCUGAGCUGAGCUGUGGCCUGCGGAGGAGAUUCAUGUCAUGUCAGCGGGGAGGAGUGCUGAUGGGAGGGAGGUGCAGAUUCCCCUCCAGCAGGUGGCGCCCUCCCUGGCUGUUUCCCUCCCAUUGGCUCCUCCCAUCACCACACCCUCUCACCGCCCAGCCAAUCCCUGGCCUCCUGGAGACCCUGUCGCUUCACAAGGUGUCCCUGCAGGGUUCCUGCCUCUCCAUGGAGGAUUCAGAGAUCACUUUGUAGAAGCUCCAGAAGCCAAAUACUGCUGCGAAGUGUGCAGACUGGUCCUGUGUCAGCCCCGCCAGACCGAGUGUGGACACCGCUUCUGUCAGAGCUGCAUCAGCAGCAUCCUCAGUCAACCAAACCCGGUGUGUCCAGCUGACAGUGAGCCGCUGUUCAAAGACAAGAUCUUCAGAGACGUUUGCUGCCAUCGGGAGAUCAUGGCUCUGAAGGUUUACUGUCGCAGUGAAGCCAAUGGCUGUCAGGAGCAGAUGAGUCUGCAGCAGAUACCUGACCACCUGAAUGUGUGUCCGUUCUUUGAGGUCCCCUGUCCGUUGGGUAAAUGUAAAGAGCGAAUGAUGAGGAAGGAGAUUCCUGACCACCUGAGCUGGAAGUGUAAACACAGAGAGACCACCUGCGAGUUCUGCAAGACCAAGAUGCCUCUGACCGACCUGCAGAAACACAAAGAGACGGUGUGUCCAGCGUUCCUGGUGUCCUGUCCAAACCACUGCUCCUUCUCCUCCCUGCCCCGGAGUGAGUUGUCCAGUCACCAACACAACUGUCCCAAAGCUCAGGCGAGCUGUCAGUUCCACCGCUAUGGCUGCACCUUCAAGGGUUUGAACCAGGAAAUGAGACAACAUGAGUCGGCAUUCACAGCUGAACACCUGAGAAUGAUGGCCAACAGGAACUCCUCCUUAGAGACCAAGGUGGAGGAUGUUAAAGCGGAGCUGCUGGAGAGGUAUAAAGUGCUUCCUGCUCUCAGCAGCCGUCUGUCUGAACUGGAGAACAAGAACGAAGAGCUGAGAGACAAGAACCGACAGAUGGAGCAGAAGCUGGCCACCAUGCAGAAACUAAUGAGCUCUCACUCAGAGAAGCUCCUGGAGGUGGAGCUGGAACUUCGUUCUCUACGUCUGCUCAGAGAUGAGGUGGAGAACCUGAGAGGAACACUGGAGAAUGUACGGACGAGGCUGAGUACUCUGGAACAAGGGGGACGCAGCGGAACUGGAUCCACAACACACAGUCUGGCACCCCUGGAGACUCAGCUGAGUCGACAUGACGACAUGCUGAGUGUCCAUGAGAUCCGAUUGGCCGACAUGGACCUGCGUUUCCAGGUGCUGGAGACAGCGAGCUACAAUGGAACUCUGAUCUGGAAGAUCCGUGACUACAAGAGACGGAAACAGGAAGCGGUGGCAGCAAAGACUCUGUCGCUGUACUCACAGCCGUUUUACACCGGAUACUUUGGAUACAAGAUGUGUGCUCGAGUCUACCUGAACGGAGACGGCAUGGGCAAGGGGACGCACCUGUCACUGUUCUUUGUGGUGAUGAGGGGCGAGUACGACGCCCUGCUACCCUGGCCCUUCAAACAGAAGGUUACUCUGAUGUUGAUGGACCAGGGUCCAUCCAGGAAACACCUGGGUGAUGCUUUUAAACCUGAUCCCAACAGCAGCAGCUUCAAACGUCCUGUGGCAGAGAUGAACAUCGCCUCCGGCUGUCCUCUGUUUGUGUCUCAGAGCGUCCUGGAGACCGGCAGCUACAUCAAAGAUGAUACCAUCUUUAUCAAGGUUACCGUGGAUACCUCUGACCUCCCUGAUCCAUGAUCCCUGAUCCCUCUGACCUUGCUGGUCUGAGAUCAGCUCACCUGUCUGUGCCCAGCAGAGCAAAGGAUUAUGGGUAGGAUCAGCUAUGGUCCGGCUGAGAGUGACGCCGACAGAACAGAAGAAGAAGAGGCAGACGGGAAACAGCCAAUCAAAGUGAACUCUCCACAGACCAGAGGGCAGGUCCUGUUUUCAUUGGCUGAUGGACUACAGAACUGCAUGUGUGAAUGGAUCAGUGUUGCCAUGACAUCAGCGUGGUGACAUCACUCAGAGCCAACACAGCUGCUGCAGCCGAGAUGUCGCUGCUGCUCAUUAUUGAUGCCGUGCAUCGAGCUUUACUUCCUGUUUAUUACCUGUUUACCAAGGCAUGCUGGGAAAUCCACCGCAGCCACAGAGGAGUGGCACAGACUGUAGGACCUGUAGGACAAACUAUUACAAACUAGCAAACGACAGUGAGAUCUUGUAGAAACUAUUUCCAGUGAAGAGCUGGAGAGUCUCACACAGGGUCCAGUACAAACCAGUUAAGAACAGCAGGAUCCAGU